AUGGGGUUCCUACACAAGUUGUGGGAUGAAACGGUGGCCGGACCGACGCCGGAAAAUGGUCUCGGAAAAUUGAGAAAACACGAUUCAUUAUCCACCGUCCGAUCUCCUCCUCUCUCCACCGAUCAAGUCACUAGAAGCAUAAUUGUUACCAAGGGGAAUAACAAUGUUCGUGGUCUACGUAAAUUGAAGAUGGAUCCGGGUCGUGUUCCGGAUUCUCCUACCGGGUCAAGUAGCAACCCGGGAACGCCUCUAACCCCUGGUACACCAUGUGAUAAUUUGGGACCAUUCACCGCCGAUAAAAUCCCUUCCUCCGGUGAAUCUGAUGCUUCAAGUUUCACAGCUUAUGAAUGGAUUGUGAUAAACGCAUUGGACCGUUGA